AUGUCUGUCACACAAACCAACAGAGGGAUGCCAUCCUAUCAGCCAUUCCAGUGCCUUGUCUGUCAGAGUCGCUUUACCCGACACGAGAAUCUCAAGCGACAUGCCGCGCUGCACAAUCGCUCUCAGAAAGAAGCCUCGCUUCCUUGCGACGUUUGCCACGCUACUUUCUCGCGCCACGAUCUACGCCAUCGCCAUAUAAAGAGAAAGCACCCAGAGUACGAGCAGCGACGGACCGCAAAGAGAUCACAUCGAGACAGGAGUGGUGGAUGGAGGACUGAAGACAAGCUGGAUUCCGCGUCGCCCACAGAGAGCCAAGAUGACUUACAACCUCGGCAUCUGGGCAGCGAAGGCAAUUUGGACAUAGAUGGCGAGAUCUGGCAGGCUGCAUUGCGGUAUGCGCAACAGCAAAUCGACCAUGGCAAUGCUGCAAGCACCAAUCUUGCGACCAACGUUCCUACAAGCGGAGGAGAUAGAACUCACUUGAACACCGAUCCACUAACGCAGCAGCCGUCCAUAAACGAGUUGAAUGAUUUCGACCAGAUUGUGCAAAAUGCGACAGAUCUGGAACGAAGUCUGUUAGUGGGAACGUCCUCCCUCAACCCUGCCCACAACCUUGACAACCAACUGCAGACCAUCCCACAGUCUGCUCCGUUUGAUACAAACCUGACCGGAUUUAACUUCAACCAAGGUCUUCCGGAUGGCCUUUUGUUUAUGGACUCACCAAGACUCCAGAAUGAUUGGUUCCCUUCUUCCCUGCAGCUUACACGAGGCUGUGAGCUCUUCUUUGCUCAUGUCUCGCCCUUUGUUCCUUUUCUUCACCAACCAACAUUCGAUGUUACCCAGACCGCUCCUCUUUUGGCCCUUAGCAUGCUCUGUCUUGGCUAUCAGUAUGGCGAGGAUCCGGAAUGCGGUAAUCAAGCAGGCUCAGGCGUGGGCCUGUCUACACGAUGCUUUCAUCGAGCUCGUGCUUUGAUUUCGUUUUACUCUGAUGAGGGACCAGCAGAUGGUCUGACAAAUACUCUCAUGGCAGUCCAGUCACACUUGUUACUACAGGUCUGCGCCAUGAUGUAUCUCUGCGGUGACAACUCAGCAUACGGCCUCAAGAUUCAUUCUAAUAUGAUAUCCCUCGUUCGGACCGGAGGUAUGAUGGCACCAGCAUCAAACGCAUCCGCCACAACUGAAGAUCUCGAGUCUUUAUGGCGAGAAUUUAUCAAAGCUGAGUCGCAUAAACGAACAGCCUUCGCUGUCCAUCAGAUCGACGCGCUGUGGUACCAGUUCCUAUCUAUCCCUCGCUCGAUCUCCCAUUUAGAAAUCAAGCACGAACUGCCCAGUCCAGAAGACUACUGGACCGCAUCUUCCUCUGUUGAAUGGGCGCAUCGACAGCUAAUUGCUCGGAAUCCAGGCCCCUCGGUACAAUACACGGAAGCCGUUCGACGCUUUCUCUCGCCAGAAGCGGAUCUCAGCUCGAUUCCACGAUUUGACCCGUACGGAGCCAUCAACAUCGCCCAAUUCCUCGUCUCUAGUGCCCGUGAGAUAUCGGGCUGGUCUGCCAUGACGGGAAUGCUCAGCAUGGACAGAUUUACUGCGCUUCGGUCCUCCCUAGUGGCACUCAGCUAUUUUAUCCGUCCAGAACAACAGCAGCCAGCAUCAGUAGCAAAAGCAACAACGUACCCCGCAGCCGCGUCCGGCGCGGCAGAGGCAACCUGGGAGACUGCCAUGAUCGAAUUGCAUAUGUGGUCACCAUCACAUACCGGCGGUAUCGUGGAGGCAAGCAUAGACGCCGUAUUGCAUCAGUUAACGGCCUAUCUGGGCGCGUCUUCUGGAAUAAUCGAGUCCAACACUGCCAAGGCCAUCCAGCCUCAUGUCAACUGGUUUCUGCGCUAUCUCGACAUGAAAAUUACGCCAGACUCAGAAAUGCCUUGGAUUGCGUUCUACGCGUAUAAAGCGUUUUUGAUUGCGUGGCAGCUCAUGCAUGGAAAAGUGGUGGGUGCGAUGCAGGUCGUUGAUGUGCGGGAUGGGGACGUCGAGGGAGCGUUGAGGUGGGCAAGGAAGGUUUUUGAGCGUAGAAGGAGAUGGCAGCUUGGGAGACUUAUUCUUGCAUGUUUGGAUGAGUUGGGGAAAUAA